UCCUGCGUAUGUCAUUUCGAAGAUGAGCAGUUAAAUCACCAUGUUAUGUUGAUAAUUUGGCGAUGUUAAACUAGAUCCAUUACAUUUGCAGUGGCUCGUUUUGCUGGUUGAGGACAGAACGAUUUGUCGAUGGAGGCUGUGGCGAAAUAUAAGUUUACUGCUACUCAAGAUGACGAACUCUCCUUCGAAAAAGGCAGCGUUCUAAAUAUCUUAGACAAAGACGAGGACAAAAACUGGUAUAAAGCAGAACAAGACGAUCGAGAAGGUUGGAUUCCGAACACGUAUAUAACAAUGAGAUCUCACAGCUGGUUCCAUGGAAAAAUAACAAGAAGACAAGCUGAGCAAGCACUUCUUCAAGUCCAACAUGAAGGUGCCUUUCUCAUCCGAGAGAGUGAAAGCUCACCAGGAGAUUUCUCUUUGUCUGUCAGGACUGGUGACCACGUUCAGCACUUCAAAAUAUUUAAAGACGAGGGGAGGAAGUACUAUUUGUGGAUAAGAAAGUUUCCGUCUCUCAACAUGUUAGUAGAGCACCACAAAACAAACUCAGUCAGCAAAACUCAACAGAUACAUCUCAGUGAAGUGGACUUAAGGGAUGAAAUGGUGCAGGCAUUGUUUACUUUCACUGCACAAGACUCUGAUGAGCUGAGCUUUACAGUUGGUGAAUGGAUAACAGUGUUGGAUAAAAGUAAUCCUGACUGGUGGAAGGGACAACUCAAUGGGGCUAUUGGAAUCUUCCCUUCAAACUAUGUAUCUGCCUCAACAGUCGACAAUACAUAAACUGAAUAGAUAUCAAAUAUUUGGGGCCAGGUAUUUUAACAGAAUUAAACUUAGGCUGCAGUUUAAGACAAUUGAUGGACUGCAAGAUUUCUCUAAAAGUGCUAGCAGCAAGCCCUCUUGAAACUGUUCAAAAAAGGAAUACUAAAAUAACAUUCAGCUAAAUUGGAGAUAGUCUUGAACAAGGUUUGCAGAACAACUACAACUGGAAACUUUGUUGAAAUAAACAGUCCUUAGUUUAAAACAUUAGUUUAAAAUUCUUUGUAAAUAGAAUUCACAGUUUGUAUUUCAUGUAGUAGAAGACUUGAAAAUGUCUUAGGUUGAAUUUGUGGUUAGAUGGUAAGGAAAUUUUGAGUGAAUGUUGUUUCAUGGAUAUUUAAAUGAAUUUUACCACCUAACUAUGGAAUUCACACUAGAUGUACAUAAAUUUAACUCAUCACCAUUUCCUACUGAGUAUAAAGUUUUGGUUGCCAUUUUUAUCAUUGUUCUUGAAUGUCAUUUUUCAAAAAACAAUUUAAUUACCUUAAUUAAGAGAUAUUUUUAAAAACUUAGAAAUUACCUUUUUGAUCUAUAAUUACUAUGUAGCAAAAAGUCAUAAAGGAAUUUUUUCAUUAUUUUACAGUCAUUCCUCUCACAUAGAUAAAAAUGUUUUGGUAAUUUUUUUAAUCAGUGUUUUGUGAACUGUACCUAGUAAGUGUCAUCUUUACUGAUGUGCCUGUCGCAACACAGAGUAGAGUGUGCUAUGAUUGGUUAAUUUAGCGGGCUGUAUUUCACAUUGAAAUGUUUGUUUCCGUUGAAAUAAUAUAUUCCUCUGCUAUUUAAAUCAA